GUUCCCCGGGGAGAACUCGCUCUUCCCGUGACUGCUGCGCUGGUGCCGUCAGUCCGAAGAGUAAGCUCCUCCCGAGGCGACCAUCGUUGGUUCGUUUGUGUCCCCGCAAGCAGGUGCCAUUAUAUCGAAGAUCGAGAGCAACAAACAACCAGAACAGGAAGAAUCCGAGCGCUUGUGGUCUGAAACCCAAACGCACCCUCUUUCGUCCGACGUCGGCAUCCUUCAGCGCCGUGGCGUCUUGCGGUCGGUUAUCGAGGGAAUUUCCCGGAGCACCGCGGAGUGGAGAGGCUGUCGAGGCGAUUCAUGGACGAGGAUGUGGAGUUGGAACUGGAAGGAAAGAUUAUCAUGGACUGGUGACGGAAGCCGAGGCGGGAAGCUUGGUGAGUAGCGACGUUAGAACGAGAUCACAUCGCAUUUUCUCUUGCGGAGGAAUGAGGUCUGGAAAAUAGAACACUGGAAGAAGGCAAGCAGGCAGGUAGGCAUUACUGAACUGGCAAUGGGCAAGGGCGUCACGAUGCCUCCCGAGGCAUCGUCAGGGAGGGUGGAUGGGGGUAGGGUAGCGGAGAGAAAUCCUGGUUCGCGGCAAAUUGGAAAGAUGCGGAGCGACGGGACUGUGAGGAAGUCAAAAGGUUACGAACCGCUCAGCAUGGGAUUACCUCUGGUCGUGGCUCUGAAUUGCAUGGACGAUUGUCGUGCCGAAGCCGAGGCUUUGGAAGGAGUGGCUGUAGUUGAGCAUGUGGGUCUCGCCCAGGUUGGAGAAGGAAAGAUCGAAGCGGCCGUUGCCGUGCUGGUUCAGUCUUUGGCAUACUUACCGCGCGCAGCUCAGCGGCGGUUGCAGCCUUGGCAACUUAUUCUUAGCCUUGGUUGUGCUGAUAAGGCGGUCGAUUCAGGGCUCGCGAGCGAUUUGGGAUUGCAGCUUCUACAUGUGGACAGUGGGCGGAGCGAAGAGGUGGCUGAUACUGCCAUGGCGCUCAUUCUGGGGCUCUUGAGGCGUACCCCUGCACUAGCAGCUCAAGCUGGAGCAAGCGCAGGCUGGCUUGGUGCACUUCCUGCUGCUUGCCGUGGCAUGCGGCGUUGCCGUGGUCAAGUCCUUGGCAUUAUUGGCACAUCGGCCUCUGCUUGUGCACUCGCCACCCGCUGCUUGUCCUUUAAAAUGAGGGUUAUCUACCUCGACACAGAGGAGGAAAGGGAUGGGGACCGGCGCCAUCGUCGAGCCUUCCCACCUUUGGUGAAAAAGAGUGAGAACCUUAAGGAGCUUCUGUCUUUGAGUGAUGUGGUCUCGCUCCAUUGCCCCUUGACGAACGAAACUGUACAAAUUAUAAACGCUGAGACCAUCAAGUACAUCAAGCCGGGAGCACUGCUUGUGAAUACUAGCAGCAGCCAUCUGCUUGAUGACUGCGCGUUGAAGGAGGCGCUUAUUGAGGGUACACUCGCUGGAUGUGCACUCGACGGUGUGGAAGGGCCACAAUGGCUUGAAGCUUGGGUAAGGGAGAUGCCAAACGUGUUAAUCUUACCAAAGAGUGCGGAUUACAGUGAGGAAGUAUGGGCUGAAAUACGAGCAAAAGCUGUUUCUGUAUUACGGUCUUUCCUUCUGGAGGGAGUGGUUCCUGCCAAUGCUGCCUCUGAUGAUGAAGAUAGCCAAAGAGAUUCUCUAUGGCAAGAUGAUAGACAAGAGAAGAUUGACAAAGAGGGCAUCACACGCAUCAAAGAUGGGGAGCAGCGAUCAGGUGAGAGCCAAACUGCGCAGGAUUUUCGACACAAACAGAUGUAUUUUCAAUCACAGGACCAGCGUGUCCACUCUCAAGAGGUUGACUUGUCACAUGGCUUAGUGCAGCGCGAUUCAAGAAAUAAUCAUGUCAAGGGUUCUGGAAAAAAGGGGAAGAAAAGAGCAGGGCGACGAAAAGCCCAGCAGCAGCCAUCUGGUACUUCGAUUGCAUCUGAAAGAGAUGCAACGUGGCUUACAUUGCAGCGGGAAGACCGUGGUAAUGGCACUUCAUCUAAAGAUGCUGUUGUUAACUCUAAUUCAAGAUUUGGUUCACCAGAGGAGUCUAAGAUAAAGCGGGAGACAGAUGGUACACUUGGUGUGGAAACUAUUGUUGAAUCUUCACAGGAGGUGCAGAAAGUAGCUGUCAAAGGGACAAAUCAGGGUGCCGCCCUCGAUUAUCUCAAAGAGGGGCAGAUUGUUGCUUUACGGGCACGUGCUGACGGUGGCUAUUAUGUUGCCAGGCAAAAGGGCCCUGGUCGCGGCUGGCGGUUGGACACAAUGGUUGAUGUGACCUGUCGGGAUCCUGCUGCGCAGUUUUUAGUUGUUGUGCGCAACCGGGAUCGGAUUGGUUUGCGAUCUCUGGCAGCAGGUGGCAAGUUAUUACAGGCGAACAAGAAGUUGGAGUUGGUGUUCGUGAAUCAUACGUUUGACGUGUGGGAGAGCUGGAUUGUAGAGGGCUCCACUUUGGAGGACUGCACUUUGACCAACAGCAAGUUUCGCGGGGUAUCUUUAGAUGUGUCGAUUGAGAUUUUGGCUGCCGUAGGUGAAGAAGAUGGAGUAGUACGCUGGCUUAGCUAGUUUACGUUAUGGAUGAUGAUUGUUGGCUUCAACCAGGCCCAGAAUCUAGUUACGAAGUAUACUAGCUUUACAGGAGUUGGGAUUGUUGAAGGUAGUAGAGACCCAUAGGUUUUACAUUGUUCAGGAAUGACAAGCACGAAGGCGCAGAGAGAUAUUUGAUAGAAAUCGAGAUCUUGGAGUAUCUUUAUAUCUGCUCACUUCCAGUCACAGGGAAUGAGAAUAGUUUAUUGGGGUGAGAUAUUUACAGUCAAGAGGCCAACAGGACACAAUUCUACCAUGUAUUAUUACAUUCACGUGUCAUGUUGUAACACUUCUCAUUUACUGGCAAGAGAAUGCCACAAUACAGCACAGCAAUCGCUUUGAGGAA